AUGGAGGGGUUGGACAUUCCGCCGGUCACGACAGCCUACCUGAUAGGGGCGGUGGGGACCAGCGUCGCCGUACAAUGCAACCUCGUCACGCCGCUCCAGCUCUACUUCACCUACCGCCAGGCCAUCGAGAAGGGACAGAUCUGGCGACUAGCGACAUGCUUCCUGUACUGGGGACCGCUCUCGCUCGACUUCUUCUUCCAUCUCUUCUUCUUCAUGCGCUACUCUAAGAUGCUCGAAGAAUCCGCCUUUCACGGCCGAAGAGCAGACUACGUGUGGCUGCUGGUCGUCAGCUGCACCCUCCUUCUCAUCCUUAGCCCGCUCAGCCCUUCGCCAUUCCUCUCUUCGCCCCUCUCCUUCACUCUCGUCUACCUCUGGUCGCGCCUCAAUCCCCUCGUCCGCCUUUCCCUCUUCGGCAUUAUCACCAUCACAGCGCCCUACCUCCCCUACGCCCUCUGCCUCUUCUCAUGGGCGCUCUCGUCGGGCGGCGGCGCGGCGGUCGGGCUUGGAGGCGGAUGGGGACUCGGUGUGAUCGUGAGCGACUUGUUGGGCAUUGCGGCGGGGCAUUGGUGGUAUUUCUGGACGGAGAUCUGGAAGCGGGAACGAGCAUCGGGCGGGCGGAACUGGCUCGAGACGCCGCGCUUCCUCGUCAAGCUCCUCGACCCACCUUCGCGCCUAGCAGAACUCGAAGCUGCCGACGCCGCCCGCCUCGAGCUUGUGCGGCAAAUGGAGGCGGACCGGCUACAAGCCGAAACUGCGCGAGCGCAUGACCAAGGCGCGGCUACUGCGGGCGUACGGUAG